GUCGUGUGCGAUCUGUCAUCGUUCCGCUACGAUAUCGUCGCCUUCGUCCCGUUACCUCGUUGUUGGCCCAUCAGUAUUGGACAAGGGAGCUCGAUAUCCCGUAGAAAACGGUUGUUCAUCAAUUAUCCUGUGCCAAUCGUCGAUUAACUGAAUACCAGACGGAGGUGAAAUGAGGAGGAAAAUUAUAUUUUCUGGAUAAUCACGGUUACUCAUAAAUCCAUCAUAUGGAGAAGAAAAUCACGAAAUAUCUCCAUAGCGGAAAUGUUAGCAAUAAUUUUCAAUGGUAUUUAAAAGUAUCGUACAUUAAAUGAUUUAUCGAAUAAUUUAUUGUCGUAAUCAAAAUUUCCGAUAAUAAAUGAACAAUUUUUCAUCAUCAUCGGAGAAAAAUAUAUCUGAUUGUCAUCUCGCAGUACGACCGUGCGACAUCUUUGAAUUAUUACAUUUCUGACACGAGAAUCGCGCUCAACGCAGAUUCGCGGCAUCAAUAAUAAACAGUGACGAAUCUUUAAUCGUCGGGGAAGAUCAUCCGGUCAUUGCCAUUUUGCACAAUUACGAUAUGCGUCGGAUGUCGGCAAUCCAAUUUGGUUGGAUUUCGCCGGAGAUAUCGUAAAUCGUAUCUGGAAUAUAUAUAUACAUUUGAUAAUCUGACAAUAAAUCAUUUUAUUUCGUCGUAUUAUUAUAACGCAGCAUUUAGCAAAAGAAGCCAGAAAAAUACGAAACCUUGAAUAGAACUCACGGUUUCAAGGCGCAUGCGAACAUUUUACAUUUCUCGAAAAGUGGGGAAGAGAGAAAGAGAUAGAAAGAAAAUAGAGGACUUUAGAUAAACUUUAGAAAAUAAACAAAAGAUGUGUUUAAAUUGAACGUUAAAGGCAAGAGGAUCGACAAGAUCAACAAUGUCGGGAGCAUUUAAUAUUCUUUAACAUCGUCAAAGAAAGAAGUUCACAUUGUAAAUCAAGCGUGUCGUUCAGCAUAUCUACGUUGUAAUACACAAGAAAAAACCAUGGGUCGGAUAGAGAAAGAGGAGUCAGCCACUGAUAUGAAGGAAUUCAAUAGCAGCACAAAAAUAGCUCCAACUAUCAUUGGCGAGUAUAAAGAAAAAGAUGAAUUGUACGAUCCUUUUGAACAUCGGGACAAGCGGAAUGCAACUUCAGACCUAGGCGCCACGGCGCAUCUCUUGAAAUCCUCCCUAGGGACGGGGAUUCUGGCCAUGCCGAACGCGAUCAAGAACGGAGGUGCGCUGUUCGGCGGAAUCGGCACGAUCAUAAUCGGUUUUAUUUGCGCCCACUGCGUACAUAUACUGGUGCGGUCGUCUCAUGUGCUCUGCCGACGUACCAAGACGCCGCAGCUGACAUACGCCGAUACGGCGUACGCGGCCUUUCUCUGCGGACCCAAGCCGAUCAGACCCUGGGCGAACGUCAGCAAGAUAUUCGUGAACACGGCGUUAUGCGCGACGUAUGUGGGCGGUGCGUGUGUCUACGUCGUGUUCAUUGCCGCGUCCCUUAAGCAGGUCACGGAUUUUCGCACCGAAAAGGAUAUAGACAUACGAUUGUACAUCGUCUCGUUGAUCCCGGCAUUGGUGCUGCUCGGUCAGGUGCGCAAUCUGAAAUACCUGGUGCCGUUCUCGAUACUGGCCAACAUUUUCAUGAUGACCGGCUUCGCGAUCACGCUCUACUACAUCUUCAGCAACGUUAAAUCAUUCGAGAAUGUCAAGCUGUUCUCAUCGGCCGGGCAGCUGCCCCAUUUCUUCGCGACUGUGAUAUUCGCCAUCGAAGGUAUCGGCGUUGUGAUGCCCGUGGCGAACAAUAUGAAGAAGCCGCAGCACUUUCUGGGAUGUCCUAGCGUACUCAACAUCACCAUGACGAUAGUGGUAAUUCUGUAUGCGGUAAUGGGAGUAUUCGGUUACCUCGCAUACGGCGAGACAGUGAAGGCUAGCAUCACGUUAAAUCUACCCAUCGAGGAAACUCUCGCUCAAGUAGUGAAGCUCCUUAUCGCCGCGGCCGUUCUCUUCACGUACGGAUUACAGUACUUUGUACCGCUUGAGAUCCUUUGGAACUCCAUUAAGCACACAUUCAGCCACAAAUACGCGGCCCUCGGUGAGACGAUGAUGAGGAUAGGAAUGGUUAUGCUAACAGUGAUCGUAGCGAUACUGGUACCCGAGUUGGAUCCAUUCAUCUCUCUAGUUGGCGCGAUUUUUUUUUCCAUUCUCGGCAUCAGCAUCCCAGCUGUCGUCGAGACGAUUUCGUGCUGGGAGAAUCAUUUGGGCACCUUCAAAUGGCGGCUAUGGAAAAAUUCCUUUCUAGUUAUAUUCGCGUUAUUAGCGUUAGGAUUUGGUUCGUGGAUCUCAGUGAAAGAUAUAAUAAAGUAUUAUGAGGAAUAAUAAAUUUUAUAUAAAUAUCGUAGAAAGAUAUUUUUCUCAAUUUUUUGCACGAUUAUAGUCGACAAAAAAAACGAUGUAAUGACGUUUCUUGAAACAUAUUAUAUAUACAUAUAAUAUAUAUGUAUAUAUAUAAUACAUGCGCGAAUUAAAUGAUGAUCGGAGAGUCCUUUGUAUUAUUGUGCAAGAGAUUAAUCAUAAUUGUUUUUCUUUUCUUAUCCUCGAUCAUCAUUGGAAUUGAGAAAUUGUAGUAAGAUCAUUGAAUUUGAUAUGCGUAUCUCAUAACAAAUUCAGUUUUAAUGAAAUGAAUUAAGUAAUAUAAACGAAAUGUAUAAAAAAAAAAUGCGUAUUUUUAACAUUUUAUUAUUUUUUAAUAAAUUCGUAAAAUCUUCUAGAAAAAAGAGAGAGCGAAGAGAAUUGAAUUUUAUAUUGCUUUCGUUUUAUAUACAGCUAAUAAAAUUGUAUAUUGUAGAUAUAAUAUCGCCACAAGAACUCGACGAAACUUUGUAAAUAGAUGUAUAUUAUAUAAGAUGUAUAAUAUUUUGUACAAUUACUAUAAAAAUGAAAUAUGAUAUUUGCGAACACUCUUUGCAAAAUUGAUGCAUAAUUUAUAACGCUAUCUUAACUUUAAGAAAAAAGAAUGAAAAUUAUCUUAAAUUAAAAAUAUUUUUAGCAAGAA